CGAUGGGGAACUGUAGCUGUUUCAAGUCGCAGCGCGCCGUGGCGUCGUGGGUGGACGACGACGAGUGGGUGGUGGACGUGGAGGAGGGGAAGAGGCCGGCCGCCGAGAAGGUUGAUCAGGGAGUCGAGGUGAAGAUCAGGGUGACCAAGAGGCAGGUCCAGGAGCUGCUGCAGAAAGCAGGGCUGGACGGCAAGGGGCCGUGGACGGAGCAGGUGCUCGCGGAGCUGAUCAACUCCGGCACGGUGUGCUGCGACCGCCCCGAGGCUAGGGGGCACUGGAGGCCGGCGCUGCAGAGCAUCUCCGAAGGCGAGGAGGCAUGCCUUUUGUAGGACUGUUCCAUCUCUCUUGAUUCUGAAUUUCUGAUGCGCGUACAUAGUUGCAGUAGGACUCUAGGAGUACAUAGGUUUUUAGAUGGAGAUUCUGUUCGGAGAUGUACAAGCUGCAAAACUGCCAUGAGUUUUUGGAGUUCCACUUCUGGAAACCUCUCAUAUUUUUGCUGUAAACCUCUGGAAACCUCUCAUAGUUUUUGGAGUACACAGCUGUGUUUGUAGUUUGUAAUCCUGGAAGUAUCAAGCAUUACAGUAAUUCCUGUAAAGAACUAUAGAUA